ACAACUUCAGUACAUCUCAGGUGUCAGUUGCGGAAGGACGUGAUUUUCGUUUUUGUCGUGCCCAGUCGAUACCGCCGCCGCGAGUUAGUUAAUUGUACACGACGACGACAACAACAACGGGGUCGCAAGAAACGGUCGUUUUUACUGCUGUACAUAGUGUGAGUGUGAGUGUGUUUGUGUUUUGGAGCUAGUUCCCCACCUCACCUCCUCCACCUGGGACCACCUGCCGGAUCUUCUCCACCCCCAAUUGGACUACCGUUUUGGGGUGAAGCUCUCUCUUUCCCGGAGGUACGACUAACCGACUAGUCGUAGUGUUUAGUGAACAUUUUAAAUGACUACCUUCGUCGGGAAGUGUCCACCGACCGCCGUGCUGCAUGUUUAGUUGCAGUCCGUACGCGAGUCCGCUGCGUGUGUGCGCCCAAUGAAGUCCGGUUGUUCAGUGUGACCAGUCAGCGUUAGUUAACGUUAGCAAGCAUUAGUGUGUGGAGUGGAGCGAGCAACCUGUGUGUGCAACCCGUUGUGAACAAAUCGAUCGAGCUUAACCGAGUGGAAGUGUGAUAAUCGUGUGACGAGCGUACAAUCAACCUAGAUGUUGACCAAUGCCGGUGAACGCACUGUUUUUUGUAGUUCAUUGUUUAGAGUUGUUGUUAGUAGCCGCCCGUUGUUCCGUUGUUAGUGUUCAGCCGCCCUGCCAUGGAUAAUCCCAGCUAUGGAUCGUCGCACAUGUCAUCGCCAGCGCUAGUAGUCUUCUCCCAGGCAGCGAACGGAUUAAGUGACGCGCUGCGAAUACAGAGACCGUUUCACGGACAACUUCCCGACGCCAAAGACCUGCACCAUCUUUCGCUAAUGAGUGGCUACGGAGCCCACUUGCUGCACGGCUUCCAGCCACACUUUCUGCACCACCCGCUGAACCCGGCCGUUUCGACGGCCUCCGGUACAAGCCCGUUCGGCGGUGGUGGCGCGUUCGUCAAGCCGUUCCCGUCCAAUCUGCCCCUCCAGUCAGCCUUCGCGCCGCCCAAGUGUCUCGGCUUCGGGAUCGACCAAAAUAUCUUUUCCAAGGGAUUGCUGUUUGGCGGCGGUAGCACCGGUUCCGAGUCCUUCCGGACGUCGGACUCGUCCAGUCCAGCUUGCGCCUCGUUGUCCCCACCCGCCAAGGAUGAGUCCAUGGAGGGACAGACCAGCGAAGAGGGUGACCGCGAUCGGGAUCGCGGCGUUUGCAGUCCGGAACGAAGUCCGGAAACACCUGGCUUCAGACUUACGGCACAAAAGUUCUAUGAAUGCUUGAAGAGACAAGGUAUUGGCCCCCCGAAGAAGACCUUUGUCGGCACGCCGCCGCCCAACUCGUGUCCCAUCUGCGGCAUCCAGCUAGCACCAAGUGACCUAGAGACCCACUUCUCCGCCGAGCUGUCCCGGCUCGCCAAGAUGACGUCGCCGGCGGAACGGCUCGAGCUGCGGCGAACGCUGAGCGUCGACAUGCACGCCAUGCAGAGCACCCUCCAGGGGCGGACCAGCCGGUGGGAGACGUUCAAGAAUAUCCGCAACAAGCGCCAGGAUCGCCUCCGGGGUAAGUUACGGAAGCGGAAAUUCGACGGCGAGGAGGGCUUCGGGAUGCAGCUCGGCACGAUCAACUGCCAGUCCUGUCCGGUGUGCCACGGACGGCUCCAGCGGACGCAGGAGGAAAUCGCCCAGCACAUCGAGGACUGCGUGAGGAAGCAACAGCAGCACCACCAACAUCAGCAGCAACAGCAGCAACAACAACAGCAGCAGCAGAGCAGUCAAUCUUCGACCCAGGACGAAGAUGAAACUGUGGACGUGGAGAGCUACGGCGACGAGACGUCCAACGGAGCCAUCAACAUGACCUCCAACGUGAUUCAUCACACGAACGGAAAUCUCCACAAUAAUAACAACAACAUCAACAACAACAACAAUAACACCCCCCUCAAACCCGACCCUCCAAUGACCAAAAUACCCCCGAUGGAAGAGAGCGCCAUCACAUCGCUCAGCUCGAUCGUGCCCCACUGGGACAGGAAGAGCCGGCUAAAUCUACCGUUGAAUUGCACGGCCACCUCCGACAACUCGAUCACCCGGGUGACCCCGACCAGUAGCGAUCAGCGGAUCGACGUCGACUACGAGCAGGACCACGACCACAGCCAGGAUAUGAUUACCGACAACGACGAGGAAGUCAUCGUUGACAACACGGACGACGAAGACUGCAUCAAGCGGCAGCGACCCACGUUGACCACGUUGCACCCCGGCCAACAUCUGGGGAUCGGACGUGAGGAUAAAAAUAGCACCGAAGAGGCCACCUCCUCGGUCGAAAUCGACUCCGCGACGGACUCGAUGGCGACGACGAUCCGGACGGCCGGCACCACGCCCAACUCGGACUCGUACGUCAGCACGUCGGAACAGGCGGCCCCCGCCGAGCCGGCCUCCAAAGCGCAGGUGCUAGAGGAGCUGAAGGCGCGGAUACGCGAGCUCGAGGGAUCGCCGCACUACAAAUGUUUCAUAUGUAAGGAAAAGUGUAAAACGCUGAUCAUCUCGAAAAUUUGCGGUCACUAUCUCUGCGAAGAGUGCUGGAUCACCGAAUCGGACUCCUCGAAAUCAUGCCCGCGAUGCAAAAUUGUCACAGCCAAUUCUGACUUUAGGAAAAUUCACGCAUAGAUCUGAAUAGCGAACCAACACAUUUAUUUAUUUUUCUUUUCAUCUUUAUUUAUUUUGCUCCUCUUAGACAUGUAAUUAC